UACUUUCUACAAACAUGCGUUUUGGUAGUGGCUGUGCUUUCGCGUGAAGAGAUCCUCCCUUCUUUUGUUUCUUCAUCAAAGGACCUCUUUUCAACUCUGUCCUGGUCCUUUCCUUCCUUUUCUAUCGAGUCAUCUCAACAAUCACAUCGUCAAUAUGCUCUGCCGGCGGGCUUUAUCCAUCUUUCUGCUGGUGGUCGCACCAGUCACCCAAGCAGCCAACCUAUGCUUUUUCCCUGGCGGUAAACAAGCGGCCGAUGUACCAUGCGACCUUAAGGCACAGGUCAGCAUGUGCUGCGGCUCAGUAGCUGCAUGCCUGUCGAACGGACUAUGCAAAGACGAAAAGACUACAAACGAAACAGGGGUGGCAUACGCCAGGGGAACAUGUACAGAUCCGACAUGGCAAUCACCAAUAUGCCCACAACACUGCCAGCUGAACCAGGAUACACCGAGGAAUAGCUCAGCUUUCGAUUUCAGGUUAAACGGCGUUCAGAUGUGGGAGUGCGAUGCUCAAGGCUAUGGAAACCCGGCAAACUACUGUUGCGAAUCGGCCGCCGAGAAGACAAGAUGCUGUGCGACCCAGUCCGCCGUGUUCAGACUCGCCGCUGCCACUCCUGGCAAUGCUCUCGCCAUCCAGACUUACAUCCCACCCGUACCUACACCCACGACUCUUCAGACAGCACCGGCGCCCACAUCCGGCCUCGACUCGGCCCGCGCGACCAGCACAGGCGCACCGGUCCCUGGACCAGCUGCCGCCAACUCGAAUGGACCCCUCGACCGCAAUGGCCUGAUUGCUGUAGGCGUGGGCGCCGGGCUCGGAGGUGCUGCCCUGGCUUCGAUAGUGGUUAUGCUUCUCGUGCGACGGAUGACGCGGAGGGAUCAGACGAGCCAGGUCUCGGCUGUGAGCAGUCAAAGCGACUACUACUACCAGGGUCCUCCGCCCGGGUCGCAGGCGGGAGAUGUAGCAAAGUGGCAAACGCUGACGAGGUACGAUACGGCCGAGAUGGAUCGCGGCGCGGGCCAUGCUCGCUACUGGGCCGCCGCGGAAGCCAAGGACGGCAUGGACCCUUACAGGACGCCACGCCUGGGGACGCCGAACGAAUCCCCCGUCAUGGGCAGGCCAAGUCCAACGGCGCAGUUUGGGGUCGGUCUCGGGCUGGACAAGAGGCCACUGCCGCCGACGCCGGAGAGCGAAGAUCCAAAUCCGCCCCCAGGGAAGAAGCAAAGUAUUUACGAAAUGCCUGGGUGGUGAAAAAGAAAAUCGGGGGAGCCUCGAUGUACGUCUGCAGGGGAAGGCGGCCUCGAC